AUGAUAAGUGCAGCGGGUGGUGUUGAAGGCUUCAUAGCGUCUAUUGUGUUUGAGAAGGGCAUUAAUGUUACGAUGUGGUCAAUCCAUUGGGAUAUUAAACUAUUAGCUUAUGUCUACGGAGGAAUCAUGUGUUCAGGACUUGCUAAUUAUAUUUCAGGAUAUAUAUUACAAGAAAAAGGACCAGUGUUUUUAACAUCAUUUAAUCCUCUAACCAUGUUGAUUGUUGCUGUUAUGAGCAGUUUCAUUUUAUCAGAGCAACUGGAAUUGGGAAAGGUUGUAGGAGGGAUUGUUAUAGUGGUUGGUGUGUACCUGGUGCUAUGGGCAGAAAUGGUAAGAAACUGUUUUCCGCUCUGGAGAAGAAAACUUAGUUCACGCGAGAACUUCACUUCACUUGGGUUUUGGUUAUGGAGGGAAAAAACAUUGGAGUCAUACAAAGCUCUACUCUUCCUCACGGCUAUGAUAAGUGCAGCGGGUGGUGUUGAAGGCUUCAUAGCAUCUAUUGUGUUUGAGAAGGGCAUUAAUGUUACGAUGUGGUCGAUCCAUUGGGAUAUUAAACUAUUAGCUUAUGUCUACGGAGGAAUUUUCUGUUCAGGACUUGUUACUUAUAUUUCAGGAUAUGUAUUAAAAGAAAAAGGAACAGUGUUUUUAACAUCAUUUAAUCCUCUAACCAUGUUGAUUGUUGCUGUCAUGAGCAGUUUCAUUUUAUCAGAGCAAUUGGAAUUGGGAAAGGUUGUAGGAGGGAUUGUUAUAGUGGUUGGGGUGUACCUGGUGCUAUGGGGUAAGACCAAGGAUGACCAUAAUAGCUCAUCUAUGAAGGCCUUACCAUCGAGUCAUCAAAUUCUGCACUAA